AGAGGUAGGAUUUACCACACAUAGGAAAAUCACAUCAGAAGCCAAAAUGGUGGACAAUCACACAAUACUGGGAAUCAUGGCCCAGCCAAGCUGACACAUUUUUGGGGGGAGGACACACACAAUUCAUAACAAGUGUGUUGUUUUUAAACCAACUUCAAAGCGAAAUAGAUCACUGUUUGGUAAGUUUUAGGAUCACACUUUUUCUCCUUUGUUACCCCAGAUGGCCUCAUUGAAUUUGGUGCCCUGGCUGAGUGUAGGGGUUGUUUUUCUUGUUUUUUUUUUUUUUUUGUUGUUGUUAUUUUAGACAGAGUGACUAUAAGUCCUGGUAUGUCUAGAUUGUCCCAGAAUAAUUUCAGUAGUUUAAUAACUGAUUUUAAUUUGGGCUUUCUUUUUUUCCUCUUUCCAGUUGGUCGAAUGCAGCAAAUACUUUUGUACACUUCUGUAUUUGGAUUAAUUCUUUAGGAGUAAUUCAGUUCAUCAAAAUACAUGGAACAAUGCCAAAAUUGUUUUCUAAUUCUGUGUAAAACUAUCAAUAAAACAUUACUUUCUAAGAAGGAAGUUGCCUCCUUUGGGGAGUCCGUUGUGUUUCAAAACAAACACCCUUGUGGUUGAGGUUUGGCUAAAUCUUCCCAUCGCCACUAGAAGACUGUUUCUUUAUACAUUCUAGGAAUCUUGCUCUCAUUGUGGAAACAAUUGUUUUCUAAAAAAUGUGCUACCAAGAAGCCAACCACAUACUUUUCAUAACUAUGACUAUUUUAUUACUUGUCCCACAUUUCUUACUUAUGCAGUUCGCUUGAACUGUGAACCAACUUAGUCCUGUAAAUAUGAAAAUACAAAUUAAAAGCUUCAUUUUGGCUGAAGAAAAAGAAUUUUCCAUGUAUGUUCUUCCUAAAAAUAAAGGAACCCCAGGCAGUGUUCAUUUUAUUUUUGUUGUAGUUCUGGUUACUACUUUAAGAGAAAAGAAUAAAAUAUACAAAUUUAUGUAUUAUAUUUGGCACCAUUUCUAGGGUAUGUGCAGUUUAUUUCCUGAAAGGUUGAAGUUCAAGACUGACGAUCUCUUUGUAUGACUAGAGAAUGAAAUUUAGCUGCAUUGUAUUGUAGUAUUUGAUAACAUUCUGCGUUUUCAAUUGACCUCUUUUUGGUUUUAUUUUGUUUUUUCCUUUUCCAGUCUUUACCAGGUGCUGGUCUCUGGAUGUUUUUUGUUUAAAUUGGAAAAAUCUUAAAACUUAUCCACAAGACUGGUGUCCGCGUUUGGAGGGUCUGAGGAGGCAUAGGUUUGGAAGAUAACAGCGAUACUCACAUUAUCUUUCAGCCUUCAGAAAAACUUCCCUGCCCCCCUCCUAUAUACCCUUCAACAAAAAGCAUUAAGAGGAAAACAUACUCAACAACAUUCAGCCUUGAGCCAGUGCCUUUGUCCUCUCAGAAGUUCUCUUGGAUGUACUGCCUGAUGAGAAGGAAGAAAAUUACAUCUUUAAAAAUUUCUUUUCAUCUCCUUCCAACACCUUCCCUCUAACCAGAAGAAAGAAUACAAUUUUAGGGUCUUUUUGUAAGUUGUGUGUUCCUGGUUUCCAGUGUGAAAUGUCUUGUUUCCAUUGAAGCUAGGAGUCAUCUCACAAGCUCCAGGUUACUGUGUGACAGGUAGCCCAGACGUUCAUUUGCAGUAAGGAUUCAGAUAAGUUUUAUUUUAGUCGCAGUAGAUUCGCACAGGCUGAGCCAUGCUUGGUUAUCCGUGUGUAAAAACUGGGUGUAGACAGACGACAGCACCUGAUGAACACCACCUGCCUGUGGUAUCUAGGACCCUAACUGGGCCAUGAGAUGCAUCACUCUGGGGGUUUGUAGUACUUGAAGAUUUGUUUUGGUGCACUUACUAUUAUUAAUUAGUUUUUUUUUCCCCUCCGAAGCAUUCUAGGUGCUUUAAGAUGUUGUUGCCUGUUCCACUCUGAGACCACCACAGUGAGACAAGAAAGGGCAAUGGCAUGGGAGGCAGUUCUAGUUCAUGGGGAAGUUAGGCCCACGUAGUUAUGAAGUCGAUGAAUUUUUGUUCUUAUUCAAAACAACAUAUAUUCUCACUGACUUAAGUAUCAGCUGCAAUAGUACAGAUUGCUCUUUAUGUGGAACCAAAGUGCAUUUAAAAAAUUUCUGUUUUCUUUUUAUAAAGAAUGUCUUGUUGCGCCGUGUGUUUGCUAGACUGAACGUGUCCUCAUCACUUGGUGAGACCCUCCUCUAAUUCAAUCUUUGUCUUUUGUCUUUGCUGCCUUGCAGGGUUGGUACAGUAGGCUUCACUAGACUUAGCUGCAACUCAGAAUGUCUCCUCCAGCACCUGAGUAAAUGCUGAUGGUCUUGUGGAGAGUGGAUUAAGAGUACGAGCUAAGUUCUCGAUCCCAAUUAAGAAGCGGAGGAAAAUUUAAACUGUCUCCUUCAGAGUUUAUCACAACCACCACCAUCAAGACAGCAAACCAAAGGACAAAGACUUUGACCUGCUGUGUUGCUCUGUGUAGUCCAGUUCACGUAUGGUUUACAGACUUGGCUGGGGGUGCUAAUAAGUGAAUAAAAAGUCGGACGCUACUGUCGUUGGAAGCUUUUACUCACAAGGUUACCAAAAUGAGGGCUGUACUGGAGACAGCAGACAUUGCCAUAGUGGCCCUGUAUUUUAUCCUGGUCAUGUGCAUUGGUUUUUUUGCCAUGUGGAAAUCUAAUAGAAGCACCGUGAGUGGAUACUUCUUGGCGGGGCGCUCUAUGACCUGGGUAGCAAUUGGUGCCUCUCUAUUUGUGAGCAAUAUUGGGAGUGAACACUUCAUUGGGCUGGCAGGAUCUGGAGCUGCAAGUGGAUUUGCGGUGGGCGCAUGGGAAUUCAAUGCCUUACUGCUUUUGCAACUUCUGGGAUGGGUUUUCAUCCCAAUUUACAUCCGGUCAGGGGUGUACACCAUGCCUGAAUACUUGUCCAAGCGAUUUGGUGGCCAUAGGAUUCAGGUGUAUUUCGCAGCCUUGUCUCUGAUCCUCUAUAUCUUCACCAAGCUCUCAGUGGAUCUGUAUUCGGGUGCCCUCUUUAUCCAAGAGUCUUUGGGUUGGAACCUUUAUGUAUCUGUCAUCCUGCUCAUUGGUAUGACUGCCUUGCUGACUGUCACUGGAGGCCUUGUUGCGGUGAUCUACACAGACACUCUACAGGCUCUGCUCAUGAUCAUUGGGGCACUGACCCUCAUGAUUAUUAGCAUGAUGGAGAUUGGCGGGUUUGAGGAAGUUAAGAGAAGGUACAUGUUGGCCUCGCCCAAUGUCACUUCCAUCUUGUUGACGUACAACUUGUCCAACACAAAUUCUUGUAAUGUCCAUCCUAAGGAAGAUGCCCUGAAGAUGUUGCGGAAUCCAACAGAUGAAGAUGUCCCUUGGCCUGGAUUCGUUCUUGGGCAGACUCCAGCUUCAGUAUGGUACUGGUGUGCUGACCAAGUCAUCGUGCAGAGGGUCUUAGCGGCCAAAAACAUCGCCCAUGCCAAAGGCUCUACUCUAAUGGCUGGCUUCUUGAAGCUUCUGCCAAUGUUUAUCAUAGUGGUCCCAGGAAUGAUUUCCAGGAUACUGUUUGCUGAUGACAUUGCUUGCAUCAACCCAGAGCACUGCAUGCAGGUGUGUGGAAGCAGAGCUGGCUGCUCCAACAUUGCCUACCCGCGCCUGGUGAUGAGGCUGGUUCCCGUGGGCCUGCGGGGCCUGAUGAUGGCAGUGAUGAUUGCAGCUCUGAUGAGUGACUUGGACUCCAUCUUCAACAGUGCCAGCACCAUAUUCACCCUCGAUGUGUACAAACUCAUCCGCAAGAGCGCAAGCUCUCGGGAACUAAUGAUUGUGGGGAGGAUAUUUGUGGCUUUUAUGGUGGUGAUCAGCAUUGCAUGGGUGCCCAUCAUCGUGGAGAUGCAGGGAGGUCAGAUGUACCUUUACAUUCAAGAGGUAGCAGAUUACCUGACACCCCCAGUUGCGGCCCUAUUCCUCCUGGCAAUUUUCUGGAAGCGCUGCAAUGAGCAAGGAGCUUUUUAUGGUGGAAUGGCAGGCUUUGUUCUUGGAGCAGUCCGUUUGACACUGGCCUUUACCUACCGUGCCCCAGAGUGUGACCAGCCUGAUAACAGACCAGGCUUCAUCAAGGACAUCCAUUACAUGUAUGUGGCCACAGCAUUGUUUUGGGUCACAGGACUCAUGACUGUAAUCGUUAGCCUUCUCACGCCACCUCCCACGAAGGAACAGAUUCGCACCACUACCUUUUGGUCUAAGAAGAGCGUGGCGGUGAAGGAGAGCUGUUCCCUGAAAGAUGAACCAUACAAAAUGCAAGAGAAAAGCAUUCUGAGAUGCAAUGAGAACAGCGAGGCCGCCAACCACAUCAUUCCCAACGGGAAAUCUGAAGACAGCAUUAAGGGCCUUCAGCCAGAAGACGUGAAUCUGUUGGUGACCUGUAGAGAGGAGGGCAACCCAGUGGCUUCCUUGGGUCACUCGGAAGCAGAAACACCCGUGGAUGCUUAUUCCAACGGGCAAGCAGCUCUCAUGGGUGAGAAAGAGAGAAAGAAAGAAGCAGAGGAAGGCGGCCGGUACUGGCACUUCAUAGACUGGUUCUGUGGCUUUAAAAGUAAGAGCCUCAGCAAGAGGAGUCUCAGAGACCUGAUGGAAGAGGAGGCCGUUUGUUUACAAAUGUUGGAAGAGACUCCAAAAGUUAAACUAGUACUAAAUAUUGGACUUUUUGCUGUGUGUUCUCUUGGAAUUUUCAUGUUUGUUUAUUUCUCCUUAUGAACUUUUAAGGAUAUGGUGAGACACUAACUUAAGAAAAUACUGUUCUUUGAAAAAAAAUUAUGUAACUGUUGCAUCUCUCAGGCAUUGUUUACGCUGUAGGUUUUAGCCAAAUUUUACUUAGCAGAAAAUCACCUAUUUGCAAGACUUUAUUUUCCCAGAGAUGGAUGAAAGUAAAUCUUCAACUCAAAUGAAGCAAAACUUGUUUAGCAGACAGAAUUGUGCAAAUGUGGUUUAAAAUUUUCCAUACCAAAGUAAGCAGAGACCAACUGUUCUCAUAGAGCAUUUAGAGCAGAGUAUAUGUUAGGAUAUCAUGAAUAGGUAUAUUGUCUACACUACCAAGUCUUGGUAGAGACCUUCUAAUCCUGAAGUAGAAGACUCGCUCAUGUCCGAGUUUUUUUCCAUCUCUGUAAUCCCGACUACCAUUUCAAACUGAUUUCCUAGAUAUUGUACAAACCCUUAUGUGCAGAAAAUCUAAUGUGCUUGUGUGGUACUUAUCUGAGGACAAGUUAGUUUGUUACUAUGAACCCAUGGAUUGUAAUUGCCAAAAGAAAGGAAGAAUGUUUUUCUGUAGCUAUUCUUGUACCACCAGGCUGUAGGAUGUUGGGGAAAACUUUGUUCUAGUUCCUUUUUUUUUCCUUUCUGUUUUACCUCCUUUGACUCAAGUUUGAGUGAACCACACCCAAAUACCACCAACUCUGUUUUUAUAAAGAUAAAUGUCAUGAUUGUAUUGUUAAAGGAGUAUUGGGGAGAAAAUGAAGUAAACAUUGCGAAUGAUCCACAUGACCAAAUCAAGGUUGUUCUUAUAGUCUGGGACUUAGUAGCCCCCAAGCAGUGUUUGAUCAGCUUAUGCUAAACAGGCGAUUAUUCAUAAUCCACUAGUUCUCUAGCUUUGUUCUUGUCACUUGGUAUCUAACAUUCUUUAUUAGCCAGAUGCGUUCCCAAUUGGAAGAUACGUCCAGAAAUUUGAAGCAAAGUUGCCACUGCCUUUGUGCUGGGUUGCUCUGCUUGCUUAGAGCAUAGUGUAUUAAGGUUGACUUUUUAGAGGGAAAAUUUAUUCUGAGAUCAUGUUGCAUCCUUGAUGAAAUUUUUUCCCUAAUUUAUUUUUUUCUCAAAAGACCUGCCAUCUGUACGUGGCUUCUACGUUUUUGUUUAAAAAGUUAAGCAACGUUGCCCAAGGAUGUGACAGUGCAGAGUGACCGUCAGUAACAGCUCAGAGUGUACACUUUGCCGUUGGUGGGGGGUCAGCAGAGGCUUUCUGUAGAAUGGAUAGCAUGUUCCCGAGGGGCUGCGAGCAAGAAUUUCUGGGCGUAGUAGUGUGUCUUGUGGAGGAUAUUACAGGACUUGUGUAAUUAUAGGCCCCUCGAUCUUGACAUGGCUUGGUACUCAGUUGAUGGUUCCAUGGACAGGAAUCUAUUUUUCAUAGGCGAAGGAUUCCCCUUAGUGAGGACAAGGUGUGAAAGAUGCUAGAGAAAAGCUCUAUAGGUUACGUAGUUCUGUGUCCAUAUGUGUUCAACACUGUCCUUUUUGUCCUCCAUAAAAGAUGAAGGAAGCUAAUCAUGUAUCUACUUUCUUUUCUUUAAUCUCUGAUACUUUUUAAAUUGCAUGAUUUUAUUAAGCUUGUAUUCUUUAGGAAGAUUAUUACUUUUAUAUCUACUUUUGUAGAUUUUUAACAAACCUCAGUCCUAAUGACUUUAAAAUUUUUGUAGUCUGUAAACUAGUUUCAUUAUGAUGGACUCGAUUAGUCCAGAGUUGAUUUUAGGAAUUACCAGUAGCAUAAUGUCUUCCCAUCUCCAGGAGGCUUUUUGCUGGACUGAAUCUGUAGAGGAAAAUAGUUCAUGUAUGAAUAGCAUGCAUUUCUGAGAGCUUAGAGUGCCUUGUAGAAUUUUUUUCUGUUUCAUUCUUGAGGUUGAUAACCUGGAGGCCAAAUAGAUAGGGACCAUCCUUUUCUUGUGUGGAGGUUGAGGCUGUGACAUGUCCAGGGUUACCAGUCUUCAGUCAGAAGAACAGGGAAGAAGAGAAACCAGGUCUCCAAAACUGGACUCAUGGUUUGCCCGUUAAACUGUUCUUCCUUUGAGACAACCUUUUGGUAUUUGGGGAAAUAUAGUGUCUUGGGUUUUUAAAGUUGGCAUUGAGUUGUAGGAAUUAAAAUUGUUUUGGACUCUGAGCACAUUGCUGUAGAACUUAGCAGAGGGAAUUGGGGUAUUGGCUGGGCAGCCUUCCUACCCCUUCUAUUACAGCAUAAGUGAAAUGGGGUGUGUGUGGAUUUUCUCCCCUUUAUUUAAUGUUGACUCCUAACAGUCUGUAGCGUCCCUCUAUCUUCUCUAUUGUUGUCUUGCAAGAUACAUCAAGCACAUCAUCUUGUGUCUGUCUGUCUGUACAUAGCAGUAGGUCAAGUUCAUAGAGUACUAAAGUCUGUAAAUAAGGAAUGUCUGUUAGCAAAGCCGUUAGGGUUGUUUAUCCUUACCAUUGUGAACAUCACUUUAUUUAGACAGAAAUCCCUGAAGCUUGUCUUCCUUACUGCUUCCCAGUAAUAGAUAAUGGGCUUGAAUAAGUAUGUGAAUUGCUGAUGGCAACUUCAUUUCAGGGUGCCAGUCUUCAGUCUUUAUUUCACUAGAAUGAUUGUUCCUGGAAUGAUGCGUGCUCUGUCUUAAGCUAGUAGAAUGUUCAUACUAAAUGCUGACAUUGCUGUCUAUACGUUAACAUGUAUAUAUUUUCAUAUCAGCUCAGCUGAGGUGCAGAACUGACUGACAGUGACUGACAGGUAGCUGACAGUCAGAACGCAGUGGGGACACUGGUGGUGAAAAAUACCAUCUUCGCAGCUGUUCGCGGUAUUCCCCGGCGCUCAGAGUUUUGUCCUCACAGGCCACCAGGUCUCGGUGUGAUGAGAAGAGCUGGUUCCUCUGGCACACACAGUAGUUAUCGGCUACUUUGUGGGACCUCUGAUUCUCCUUUCUAUCUCACAGAAUAUCCUGUCCUGCCACCCCAGGGUAGUAAGCUGCUUUCAAAAGGACUGAUGGGGUCUUUUCCCCUCCAGCCCUUCUUUUCUGGGGAGGUUAUCACCCUUGUUCUUUAGGGUAGAGAAGGAUUGUAGUAGCAAUGGCACUUAAAUUCAGAAGUCUCGCAGAGCUUCCUUUUCACUGGCCUCAAAGGAUCCAUUGUCUUAUUGCCCACAGAGGCUGGCCAGGGUCACCAUAGCCAUAGCUCUUAAGAAUGGUGCUUCAGGAAGUUCACAGCGGCCCAUUUCUCCAUGAAACUUGACGUUUUAAGAACUGGAUCUUUCAGGGCUCACCCUAGACAAGACCUGAGGCUCAGCAGGGGUAAAAGGCCCGUGAUGAAUUGGUCUUUAAGUCUACAUUCUCAGCCCAUUGUGCUGGUUACAUGGAUGUUUCCCUUCUCUGAGUAUCAUUUAAUGUUACGGGAUAUUUUCAUUCUUUACCCCUCAGUAGACCAGCUAUAGGGGUCGCUGUGAGUCAGAAUUGACUUGACGGCAGUGGGUUUGGUGGUUUUUUAGACCAGCUAUGUUGUUAGCUGUUAAGAGGUUAGGUCCUUUAAUGUUCUCAUUGGCAGGUAGGCUUGCUUCCCUUGUUAUUUACUCUCGCGUCUCACUUUCCUCGGGAUAACGUUGGCCAGAGGGUACCACGUGAAUAUCUGGUAGUGACACUGCCACUGUUCCCCAGGUUUGGUUUGGGAGAAGACCAUUCCUGUUAGGUGAUGUGACUAUAGAGACAUCACCUGGUCAGAAUUUUUCUGAGAAAACUAAGUGAGAUGGUAAGAGGUACCUGGGUGGUACAGACAUUAACAGGUUGGUAAAGGACAAACAUUAGUUUAAAAUCUGCAGACUUAGAAUCCUGUUCACUGAGUUCUAUAUCUGGAAGCAUCUUGGUUAUCUGCUAGUUUAAACCCCACUCCUAUAGAUUGUGGUACCAGUGAGUACAAUCCAGGCCGGUUAAACCCUGGUUUGAUGUUAAAUAUUGGGAGUUUAUUAACACAUUUGAGGUUAAAGUGACUGAUACUAGGUAGUAAUAAUUUAGUACGAAAACAUGUUUUUAGGCUUCAGUAUUCAUAAGGUUUCUCAUUAGCCAGGUGUUAACUUGCUAAAGUCAUUUCAGUCUUGGCAUUAGCCUGAGCCAGCUUUGCAAACAGGGCCUAUUUCUGCAUGUGUGUGUGCUCACCUCCCAUUCAGAGACUGGCCUUUUCCUGUAUUGUCUUCCCUCGUGUUGCUUCUUUAACUUUUCACCUGUUCUUUCUUUCAACAUUUAUCACGUUUGUAUUUUGGUAUUUUGGCAGCUCUGUUCACGUUCAGGCUUCUUGCUGUGGUGGUGAUAUGACAGUGCUGCUUUGCCCCCAGUAUUAAGGACUUAGAGCCAAAUGAUUCCUUAAGUAUGAUUAUGCUUAAAUAUACUACAUUUCUAUUAGCUUAAGAUGGUAAUUCUCAAGAAUGAUUUUCUCAGACUUACUUUGUGUUGAUUAAUAAUAGAAGCACUAAUAAUUCAUCAGUAUUUUAUUCUUACAACUCCCUUUCAAAAGUUAGGAAGAGAGCAGUAGUUAAAAUUCAUACGAGUCCCUUUGAAAAGAUGUUAUCACAGUGCAGAGAGGCAGUGGAGUUAGCUUUGAUGCCAGAAAGACUUGUUCUUUGCAAUAAAGAAAGGUGAGUUGUUGGUGGGCAUAUAAAGAAGCUUCUUUGUACUGCAGUAAAACCUGCCAAAGCGGGAACCUGUGUGAGGUCGGGACAUCUGCUGAGAAGGAGAACGUAGGUAUUUCCAACCGAUAGAGAGCGCCCUGUUGAAGACGGAAAAUUCGCGAUUCGUGAAAAAACCCAGAUAUUACCAACCGAUAGCACCCUGUCGAAGACGGAAAAUUCGCGAUUCGUGAAAAAACCCAGAUAUUUCCAACCGAUAGAGAGUGCCCUGUCGAAGACGGAAAAUUUGCGAGACGUGAAAAAACCCAGAUAUUUCCAACCGAUAGAGAGCACCCUGUCAAAGACGGAAAAUUCGCAAUUCGUGAAAAAACCCAGGCCGUCUCGUCAAGUUCAGCUCACAGGCUUCACAGUGGUUAGGUAGGAGGCUGGAUUGCACGGUAAGGAGUCUUUUGAAAGGUAGUUAGACUUGGGUGACUCAGCUCAGGGCUGCAGGCCCCUUUUCCUUCAUUAACGUCACUUCUGUUAGUUUGGUAUGCUUUUUGUCAUGUCACCCUCUGUUGAAAGACUAGCUCUUCAGCUGUGUCAACUCCUAGGACAGAAUUUAGUUAGGGUUUAAGUGAUUAAUAGUCUUCGCUUGCACGGAGUCCCCCACCAUCAUUUACAUAGUCAUAUAAAUGUUUUUAUUUAAACUUCUCUCUCUAGUGAUGGGAUUAAGGCUUUAAACUCUUGGUUCACCUUUAAAGAAAUGUGGGAGUUUACAUAAUUUGUGUUUCUAUUUCCAUCUCAAAUCCUCUAUAAAGGGUGGAUUUAGCUUUUGUUUGGGACUAGGACCCCACUUCUCUGGUAACCAGUAACCUUAAUCAUUGACAUACAGUCUUUUACUCAGAAAUAAACAAAGUUUUGAUGAAUCUGUAUCAUCACUAAUUUCAUGUCCUUAACUUUCUAGGAGAGGGCCUUACUUAAUCUGAGGCUGCUGGCUGAAGCCUAUACCCUUACUUUCUGUAAUGAAUUUUUGGUUACCCGGAUUCACAGUGUGGUUGAAGGAGGGCUGCUAGAAUAAAGUAGGCAGCUGAAGAGAAGACAAGACAAAGCACAGUGUGCUCUGAGAUUCUCCUUAGUGUAGGAGCCGUGGUUUUGCUCUCCUUGGAAAAGCACUGUAAGGUGAUUGGUGCCCAUAAUGAUGCCCACUCCCCUCCCCCAUUCAAGACAGUUUGUGUUCAGUGAACUCUACCAAUAAGGGAAAUAGGUAUUUCCGUGAUUUCAACCGUAGCAGAAGCUGACAGUAGAUAUUCACAAGCUAAUUGGACACAUUUUUAUCUUGGUAAAUUCACCCAGCUCCCUAGAGCUGCAGGAUAAAGGAAUGUCUGGGAGUGUUUAAAUUUUCUGUCCUGAUGGACAAACUAGUUUGGAUAAUUUUUCAAUUCAUCAAUAUAGCCUAGACUCCUAAGUGAAAGUUCCCUUAAUAGCCCACUUUUUGUUAUAAAAACUGGAAAUUGAAAUUAGGCUCAUUGCUAUUACAUUCAAAUCCCAAAUUGGCAAAGGCUAAUCUAUAGGAUAAUAACAUAAUCUGCUUCUGAAAUUUAUGUGUUUUGAUUAGUGCCUUCUGGUUGCCAGUACUGACUCUGCUAGUUUACGCCUUUCCCUUUCUUUAUAGAAAACUCUUACUUGUUACUGUUCCUCUUUACGUUUUGUUGUAACUAGUGAAAGGAGUGAGAACACACAUUUUUUCCACAUAUAUGCAGCCUUUAUGUAGGGUCAAGGAAACCGCAUAGCUCUAUAUUUGUGUUGUAGCUUGAAUGUUAUUUGUUUUUGUUUCCUUUAUAUCCUUAUUAGCUCUGUGAGUAUAUUCUAACUUUAUUGCUUGCCCAGUGUGGGUUUGAUAGGCAUACCUGAGAACAUACCUGUGGGAACAGUUCAUAUUCCAUGAUGGUGAAAAAGCUGAAGUCCACAGAAAGCACAAAGUCAUGUUCAUACAUGUGUGCAUCUCCACACGUAGGAAGCACAAGACUGAUUGCGUUCUCGGUAUCCCACAAGUGCCAGUCGUAAAGCCCACCAGGUGUUUUGAUGAUGAGGACCCUGGUGUUGAAAGCCCUGAGCAGUGAGGCAUGUGGUCAUGGGUCCUGAGUGGUAAGCCAUCCAGUGUAGUGGUCUGUGGAAGUGUGUACCGCUCUGGUGGAGGGAGAGAGUACAGACGUCAAGGAUGCCGCAGUUGUAUUUGGGGGUUGCUAACUAUAGGAGCCUGUGAGCUCCUUCCGACAGUCUGGAACCAAAGACAUGGACAGGCUUCUUGGUUUUUGGUUGGAGCACUAUGUAGACAAACUUCUGCUUUAAGCUGUAGAGCCGUUGGAGUUUUUUGUUUUCUUUUUUAAUCUUAAAUUGUUAGGAAAUAUUAUCUGCCAUCAACAGUGCCCUAAGAAAACAUGGAGAAACUUCAUGUUUUAAUGGGGCAAAUAUUGCUUGUCUUUAAUAUUUGAAUAGGUUUGUCUGUGAGAAACCCCCCCCCCCAAAAACAAACCAAGCCCGUUGCCGUCGAGUCAUUUCCGACUCGCAGCCAGGUGGGCGUUAUCUUUGUUUUCUCACGUGCUUGACUGCUUUUCUGUGAGGGUGUGAGCGUCAGACUAAUUCUGAGACAAGUCUUCCGAAUGAAUUACUGCGCUUUUCAGAACGACGUAAGAGACUAAAGGGCUAUUUUGCCUGUCCCAUUACGCUCUCAAGACUAGAUUGGAGGAAAUCCGUGAAUGUGUGUGCAAUAGAUGAAAACGACGUGUUCUGCUCGGCAUUGCCCUUCUCCUGCCCCUCCCCUUAUUCACCUCUGAAACAGUCUGUGUCUAUCAAGAAAGACUAAAUCCAUCUUUCUCUUGAAUUUUGCCCAUAUGUUAAAAGAAACAACUCUCAGAGUGGGAGGUUGGUGUCCAUGUUUGCUUCCGUCCUCUGUUCUGUAUAUUUAUCUUCUUAGGGAAAGACUUGGUCAACUCUGAUGCGUCCAGAGAGAAGGGUGUAGCUGGUGUAGUCUGAUGUGACCUGUUCUGGAGGCGGUAACCCGAGAGAUCCCCCGAGCAAAAAGCUGCAGCAUUAUUUUAUAAUGUUUAACCGCAGGCUGGGGGAAGCGAGGGAGAAGAGUGCCAGAAAUGCAGCACAAGGAAAAGCCGAGGACAUCUUUGGCUUAGCAAUAUAUAUGCUAAUGCAAGGAAGUUAGAACCUGUUGACCCUGUGUAUUAAGUGUUCUGUACCUUUAAAUGUUCUUAAAUUUAAAAUCGCUUGUAAGAACUUUAAGAAAGAAUGCCUUGGAAGAUUUCCUUUGGCAGAAUAGCUUUCAUUUCAUUUAUAAUUCCAUGGAGAACUGCUUUUAAUUAGCCUAGGUGAAAAGUAGUCUUAGCAGUGUAAAUAUGUAUAAUUAGAAUUUUCUGAUUUCACUGUGAGAUCUCUAACUUUUGAGUUGGCAAACAGAUCAAGUCUUUUGCUCAUGGACUUUUCUGUGGGGUUGUUAAGAUGCAAAAGCUUUAUUUUUUUUACUGAUGGCAUAUUACGUUAGUGUCACGUGAUGGUGUGGGAUCUCUAUGCCCGCUUUCCCACACCGGCAUCCUUCAGUUUGUAGAUUGCCAGCAGAGUUCAGAGGGAAGUAGGGAUUGACAUUGGACCUUCUUGGACAUAUUCUGCUUUCUGUUGUGCAGACUGAUGUUGGCGAUCACACGUGAACUGAGCUAGGCUUCUCAGUGCUUUUUUUUUUUUUUUU